AUGACUGGAGAAGGAUAUUUCAAAAGUGGAGACUGGACCAGUCGAUAUCAGGAAUAUAGUCGAUGGCAUGGGCCUCAUCAAAUGUCACUAGAGUUUGAUCAUACUACGGGCAAAGUGAUUGGACAUGGAUAUGAUGAUGUUGGUUCAUUCAACGUUGGUGGGACAUUUUCUAUUGAAAAGCAGCAAAUAAUACUGAGUAAAACUUAUACACCUGGUGGUGGUGAUAGUAAAGAAAAUAUAGGACAUACAAUAACUAUGAAAUUAACAUGGAACUCAAGUAAUGUACAAUUCGAAGGCAACUGGCGUGAUGAAACUGAUCUCUACCGUAAUGAAGACAAAUUCGAGUUGAAACUUGGAGAUUAA